AUGACAAUACUUGUUGAUGGCCAGGCAUUAUCAGUAACAGAUCUCUUCAAAAAAUAUGAUUUAGAUGAAAUUAGUGAUAUUCUGGUCAGGAUCAAAAAAGAGAUAUUUGUCAGGACAAAUGAAGUUAAGAAAGUUAUUGGAUCUAAUCCUGACUUGAUGAUUGAUUUUGGCCAAAAUGUCUUAAAUAUAUAUAAUGCAAGUACAAAACUAAAUUCCAGUACCUAUGAGCUACUUAAGGAUAUUGAAAGAUUUAGUGAUAGUCUUGGAGAUAAAGUUUCUAAAUUUGUUCAAGAAGAACUACCAGAUGUGAUUCGAAAGGAGGAUCUAAACUCCAUUUUAAGUCAUCAGGAACAACAUGAGAAACUUUACUUCGGUAUUUUGGAAUCUUUUUCAAAGAAGAGUUUUAUACAAAGUUAUGAGCUGUAUUUAGAGUAUAAAAAGCUAAUAAAUGAAGAUUCCUCAAAUUUAGAAAAUACAAUAUUUAAGGAUUCUAUCUUUAUUAAACAAAGCAUUUCCAGUAAUUGUUAUACUUUCAUUCAAAGUUGUGAGAAGCUUAAUUCAGUUGAAUUGGCCCAAUUAAUCAUGAUCAGGUAUCUAUUAGAGAUUGAAGGUAAACAUACUGAUCACUUAGAACAUAUUGAAUCAGAUUUCAAAACUAUCCUGGAAACUGCUUUAAUUUUGAGAGUUGAUAAAACCAUUCAAAUUUUAAAGAACGCAAGGAUUUCGUGUAAUAGUAAUCUUGGGAAGAAGGAGGAAUUUAAUGAUAAGCUUGGCCAAACUUUCAUGAUGGCUAUGACCGUUUUAGUUGACCUUUAUGAGCUCAAAGAGUCUAUUUCUAUAGUGUGUUCUGAAUUCAAACAAAGGGGGUGGUUUGAGCUUCAAUUUUUAGAUCAUAUUUCGGCCUGUUUAUUGACAUUAACUAAUAGUAGCCACAUAUCAAGACUUAUGUCAGUUCUAUUGGAGGAAUUUGGAUCUAUGGGAGGAGAAAAAGUAGUUGAAACCAACAAUAUAGAAAAUGGAGAUGUUUAUUACAGUAAAAAGUCUGAAGAAAUAAAUCACAAUUUUAGGUUUAAGUUUCUUUCUAAAAUAUAUUUGAAUCUGUUUAGUACAAUAAAGCAUGGGGUCGGUAUAGAGAUACUGAAGAAUUCAUUUUUCCCAAUUUUGAUUUCCACUAUUGAAGAGGAACUGAUAAGAUUUCUAAUAAUUGGGAAUAAAAAUCAGUUAUUGGAGUUAAUAUUGAGACCUGAGGAAGAUAUUGAGUCAUAUUACAACAGAAAGAUGAGCAAUAUUUUUGAGGAUAAUAAUACUAUUAGGUGGCUGAUAUCCAAAAAUGAGUCUUUUGAGAUACUAAUUAACGAGAUAAAAGAGACUGGAGAGCUUCUUGACAAAGUCGAACCUUCAGAAAAGAAUUCUAUUCUCAGAAGUAUUUCCGAAAAGUGCUUUAGUUCCAUUUUAACCAAGUUUAUUGAGUUUAACAGAAUCCUUUUUUGGUCUAUUAAAGGGAGGGAUUUCAAGCAGGCACCUACAAUUUUAGUCAAAAAUGAGGAUGAUUCCAUGGCAAAGAUUCACAGAUUCUCCAAUAUUUUAAUUCAGGGAAAGCAGUUGGAGUUUUUGGAAUCGUCUUUAAUAGAAUACCUUUCAACUGGCCAAGAAGAGUUUGGCUUUUCUUAUCAAAUUUUGACUCAAGAUAACAAUAUUGGCCCUCGGAAUAUUAACUGGGAAAUCUUGGUAAGGAUUUGUAGCGAAAUUAUUGCAUCUUUAGAGGAUUCUUCCCAGGUUAAUGAAGAAUCUAAAAACACUCAAACUCUCAUUUUAUGCUCAUUAAGAGAGUUUACGAAGUCUUAUGUUAGCCCAGAGUGCCUUUUCAGACACAUUCAAAGCAUCAGGACAUUGGAAACCAUUAUAUAUUCCCUUAUGAUUCACAGGGAGGAACUUUGCCAAAAAAUAUGUACAUAUCAGUCACUUUUACAGAGAACCAACGAUAAGUUGGAAAGUAACUGUUUAAAUAGUAAAGAAGUACUCUCACUCACAUCUUUGUACCAUCAAUUUGGUUUUAUUGGAGAUAACUCAGUGACUCCUCAUACUCUAUUACUGGAAUUUUGCUUUGAUCUGAACAUGAUUUCAACACAAUUAGCUUUUAAGUCGCAAAGAUCUAUUUUUAACUUGGUUUGCAGAUCUUACAUUAAAUCUUAUAUUUUACCAUUUCAAAUAAAUAUUAUAAAAACAUUUGGAGACUUGUACCUUAAACUUGGAAAUUUGAAAAAUGAUGAGAACUUUAACAAAGAAUUAAAAGAUGAUGACAAAGAUUUAUUAGUUAAAUCUGUUUCUUGUCUUUACAGUGAUCUGAUAUGGUGUGAAAGAUUUUCCGUCUGUAACUAUUCUAUUGAACAUGAUAAUGGAGUUAGUAUAAAUUCAAAAGAUGAAUUAUCACCAACUAUGGAUAUAGUAAAAACCAUUUUGACUCCCGAAGAUAUGGUUUCUAUUGAGGACGGAAUUAUUAGCCUUCUAAAAGAAGCUCGGGAGAACUAUAACUUGGAGGCUUGCCACCAACUACCCAAGGUGCAAAAUUUGUUUGCAAGUAGUGUACAAAGGUUCCCUACUCUACCUUUAGUAAAUCCCUCCUCUAGGGGAUCAAUUUCAAACAAAAUUACCACUGCAAAUGACAAAACUCUUAAAGCCAAUAUAGACUCAAAUAGUGUUUCUGCUAAUAAUGACUAUAGACAAUUCCUGUUAACCCAUUAUUCUGAUAUUCUUAAGAAUUACAACAAAUCAGAUUCAAUCCGUCUUGCCCCCAAAGUUUCCAGUGUAGUUAAUAGUCAGGAUUCUAUUAACAAUACGAGCAAUCCCAACUUUACAGAGGAAAAGAUAGGUGGAUGGUUUUCUAUGGGUAAUGGGAAUCAGAAUGUAGAAACUUCUUCUAAUAUUCACCUAAAUGAUAAUAACACGGGUUCUUUUGCUAACAAUUCUGGAACUGGUGUUAUGGGAAUUAACAAAAAAAUAGACACUCAGGCUAUUUGGCAGGUCUCUAAUCUACUUAAGGAAACGGUAAAAGAUAAAGUUUUUGGUCAGUGA